UCUCGCUGCAUCGCAAAAAAAAAUAAAACACGGCCUGGUGUGGUUCGCGGUGGCGUGUUUUCGCGACUUUCUUUUCGCAAAUUUUAGUUAUUUUCCGCGGUGGAAUCGUGAUUUCCGUACGUGCAUACGUUUCCUCGUGAUCUACGGCGGACGGUGAUGUGCCCGCAGUAACAGGGGGACAAAAAAUGAUCGAACCCGAGCAACCAUCCAUCACCACGGAUAAUAAGGUGAUUGAUCAUGAGGAGUUCCUCAACCGCAUCAAGAAAACACUCUACUACGGAUCGUCGACGGUGAGAUGCACCAAAAUCAGUCGGCCCCUGGCGGACUAUGCGGCGGACAUUUUCUCCGAAUCGCACCGUGGCCACUCGCUCAGUCGGCUCAAUUUCGUCACGGUGGGUAAUCUGACGGUGACGCCCUGCUCGCUGAUUCUGGCCAUGAUCUAUCUGGACCGGUUGAAUGUCGUCGAUCCGGCUUACGCGCGGCGCAUUACCCCAUCGGAACUAUUUAUAGUGUCAAUGAUGGUGUCAACCAAGUUCUACUGUGGCUAUGAUGAGGACAUCUAUCUAAGUGCGUGGGCCGAAUCGGGAAACUUAUCGGUGAAUCACAUGAAAGAGCUGGAGCUUGAAUUUCUUGAUGCAAUAGGUUGGAGGGUGUACGUAUCGAAUCACGAGUUCUUCGAAAAGCUCAAAUCAAUCGAGAAGGUGCUCGCCAAGCGGCAGGGUUUGGCACGCGGAUGGCUCACCUACACCGAGUUGAUCAACUUCCUUCCGACGAUGACCCUGGCCAAGCAAAUCCUCAACUACAGCACCGUCAUUGCAUUGAGUUACACGGCCAGCGUCAUGACCAUUGCAGGGGCCUUCUUCAUAGCUAGCAACGUUAAUGUACCUGGAAAUCUCCUGUUCCGUGGGACGGCUCAGCAAACCCAAAGUGCCGUCAGUUCUUCCGCCACAGGGGAUGCCUCCGGUGUUGGUACCGGAAGUGAGCCGUCCUUGCAACAGGAAAAUUGCACCAGCGGAUGCGCAAUAUCUGCCUCGAGUCCCUCGGCGGAACAAUCUCUCUUACUGAAAGACUGCGAAUGCUCCCUGCAAAUGGCACUGGAGAAAGCCCAAGCCGUUUACUUCAAUGGAUCACAUUCAAACCAUAAGGCUGACUUCCAACCCCUUCCGGCGUUGCAGCUGGCUCCGAUUAUACGGAACUACGGAGCCACUAUCAGCUGGAAGAAAUUUCGCUUCCUGUAUCCGCUGAACCAGGAUGAAGAUGGCGAUGGCAGAAACGCUGACGAGGACGGCAACGAGACUGAAACGCUUUCGAUCGGAGUCGAACAUGGCAAUCGGAACUGUACCUACGAUGAAUUCAUUCCACUACUAUCCUACGGAGCAAGGCCCCAGUGUGAUCUUUCGGAAGAACUUGGAAAGCAACCGGCGGCCGGCCUUGUCUACGAGAGUUACAAACGAACUUUCGAAAUGUUUAGUUCUUUUCUGAAAUUUUUAUAAUCUUUUAAAAAAAUUUCCGUCGAAAACGAA